GAACACUCGCCAUACGUUUUCCUUUAUUUCUAUUACUGACACACUAACAUUGUCACAGACACCACACACUAUAACACACAUGCUACACUCGGUCAUGUCGUUUCCGCGUACUCAACACAACACCGGGUGGAUGCGAAGUCAGCCUAUCAUUCAUCCGGGACCUUGAAAAGUUAAUCCCAUCCUUAUCUUGUCUAUCAACAUUGCUGCGUCAAGCGUCGAAGCUGGAGGGCAGACCUCCUCUGCUACGCACUCCUUGCCGUCGUCACAGUGAUCUCGAGCCAGUCAGUGUUCCACCAUGUCGCAUCUGAUCUCAGCAUUGACUCUCAGCGUGCUCUCUAUCAUCACCAUUACAUUAGUCGCCGCCAAUAUCACACCGCUCAACCGAGUUACAAGGCAGAAAGCAGAUGUGAACGAGAAGCGGUUUGACGGCGUCUUCGGACGAAUGCUUAUCAAUGUCGACGCGGGAACGGUGAUUGUGGGCGGAAGUGAUACCUUGAUGCUGUUCGACUAUGAUCUAAAUGAAGUGAGUGUGAUUAAGGAUGAGUCCAGUUGGAGUGAAUAUUAUCUCUGUAUCAGGAUCAGAAACAAGGAGAAGUGCAAGAAUCAUUAUCGAGUCUUACUGAGCGGUCAUUACAAAGGUGACCGAGCUUUGCUGGCUUGCGGCACUAAUGCAUAUAGCCCUGAAUGCACUUGGAGAAACUUGAGCAAUUUGGCAUUGCUGGAGAGAUUUCCAGGAAGUGGAAUUUGUCCUCAAGAUCCGAACUACCAGGCCAUUGCUGCUUUUACAGGUAAAUCCCUCUACACAGGCGUUGUCCCACAUGUUGGAAUAGGUCGUGACGGCGUCAUAAAGAAAGCAAUGCCGGAACCAGCUUUGACAACAAUCGAAGAGAGCCAGUUCUUGAAGAGUCCGACAUUUGUGGCUGCAUUUCCGGUUGAUAACUACAUGUACUUUCUGUUCAGAGAGACUGCAUAUGGCGUGGAUGAUCAUUUGGUGUACUCUCGUGUGGCUCGAGUUUGUUUGUAUGACGACCCAUCCAAAAGUAAAAUCUACCCUACAAGGUUCAGCAGCUUCAUGAAGGCGAGGAUCUUCUGCUCGGUUCCUGGUGGAUUGGAACAGCCGUACAGAUUCGAUCAGAUUGUUGAUGUGUUUGAUCAUGUUGGCUCUAUUGUCCCAAGUAGGCAAGAAUCUCGUCUUAUGUAUGCAAUCUUCCGCACUCCAGCCAAUGCCCCUACUGGUGCAGCUCUAUGUGUGUAUUCAUUUGAUGAGAUACCACCAGGAAAACGUCCCACGUUGAAGACGAUAUUCAAUGGCACUUUCAUAUACAAAAACGAUAAAGACCAGUGGCAAGCAGAACGACCAUCUGAACCAUACAGAUGUGAGCCGGGUGGAAAACCUCGAAAUCCGAUUGCUGCUCGGAAGUACACCUUGAUGCAAAAUACACUGCAACAGUCAACAGACAAACCAUUACUCGUAUUACAGGGUGUGAGUUUUACAUCACUGGUUGUUGAUCGAGUCGAUGUGUUUGACGCCACUGGAAAGUCUAAGGAGUCGUAUGAUGUUGUGUUUAUUGGCACAGAUAAUGGUCGUGUGCUGAAGGUGGUGAACUUGGAGGAAGGUCUUGUGAUUAUUGAGGAGAUUAUGGUGAUGGAAAGUUCGAGUAACACCGAAGGAGUAACGUGCCAGCUGACAGGUGGACUGAAGUUUACAAUGAAACUGGAUAGUGGGAAGGGCCAACUAUUCUUGGCUGUUGACAAUGACAGCGUCAUCAUGAAAGUUUCUGUUGAGCGCUGUCAUUUGCAUACAAACUGCGUGAAAUGUGUGAAGGCUCAAGAUCCGUAUUGUGGUUGGUGUGAGGAGGAAAAGCGUUGCACUGCAAGGAGGGCAUGUUUAAGGGGCUGGACGCAAGACGUGAAGACUGGACUUGUUCAUAAUUGUGAAAAUGCUGGCUAUAGCUCUCCUAUUAUCACUUCUUUCCCUCCUAAAAUCAAGUACUAUGUGCAACGAAAUAAUCGUGUGGAGUUCAGAUGCCGUGCUGCUGGACUACCUCCACCAUAUCUUCAGUGGACAAGGAAUGGCAAAGUGGUGGCACACUUACAAGAUGGAAAAAGUCAUGAGCUUGUACUGCAGUUGCCUAGUGUGGAGUUAUUUGACAGUGGAAUGUACGUGUGUGCUGCUAGUAACAGGAUUGGUAAAGCAAUGAAGAAGACAGAACUGGUUGUAGUCGCUGCACCACAGAUAGCAAAGUUUCCCGUUGAUUCAAAUAUCACCAUCGGCCAGUCGACCAUCUUCCACUGUGGCACAGUUGGUGAGCCACGUCCGGAAGUCCAGUGGCAUUUCAGAGCUCUGAACGGCAUUUCUUACCUCCCUACCAAGCGUGUGCAGAUCAAUAACAGGAACAAGUUCAUACAGCUAGAGAAUGGCUCGCUUGUUGUGUUGAAUGUUAGCAAAACUGAUGUUGGGAAGUAUCGCUGCCGUGCGUGGAAUGAUUACGAGCCAUCACCGAUGAGUCCCUGGGCAUCACUGAAUGUGGCAGGUCCACCCAAACUACGACAACUGGAUGACAGCAACAGAAUAAUUAACAUUUUCAACAAUAUGCAAUCGGUUGUCCUCCAUUGCCCAAUAAUCUCCGACAUGACUAACCUCCCAUCUACCAUCACAUGGUACCACAAUGGUACUUCACUUGCACUAAUCAAAGAUCGUGUCGUCAUCAAUAGUUUACACCUCCAUGUCGACCUCGUCCAGAUUUCACAACCCGUCAGAUACAAAAGCCAACCCAACACACUUGUCACUUACAUUCAUUACAAACAAUGUCUAAACGGUUCGCUAAUUAUUCAUCCCACACAAGAUGACGUUGGAGCCUGGGAAUGUCGAGUAACCAACCGGAUCGGACAAACAGUACAAGAUCCAGGUUAUAUGGUUAGAAUCACAAAUCUUCCAAAGCAGCUGCCGGAUGCUACGAUUGCAUUCAAAGAGAAGCCACACGACUUUAAAGCUACCGAAGGUCAAGCUGCCAAGUUUCAUUGCUCUGCGAGCUUCUGGACAAAACUUAAGUACAAAUGGUUUUAUGAGGAUAAGAAUGGAAAACGGAAGCAGAUUGUGCAAGACGAUGGUCCACGUUAUUUCGUAUCGAAACGGAACUCGUUAUUGAUAUUUGAUGUGGAGAAGGAUGAUAGAGGGACGUAUGUGUGUCGUGUUGAAGGAGAGAAGAGUUUGUCAGUGUCAAGGGAAGCGAGUGCUAGCUUGACAGUUCGUUCUGCUAACGUACCACAAUUGGCCGACGGCUCUUCGAUGUCUCCAACAACUCCAAACACGCUACCCAAGUCUCGCCUAAUGUGCACUAUCGUGUCCGUUGAGUCAAAUGGCAAAUCCAAAGUGCGACGUUUUGCAUCAGCAGAGAUGAGGCUGCCUAUAGAUGACAUCAAGGAGGACAAAGAGUUUACAUGUGCAAGUCACACAGUAGCAGGGCAGGACAAUCUGGUCACACGUAUGGGCAUUGUUGCUUUCCCUCAGUUCGUUGAGAUGCCGCCUCCCAUCACUGCCGUCUGGAACCUCAACUACCAAGUCACAUUAGUGUGUCGAGCACGAUGCCCAGCUCAUCGUAGUUACAAGAUCACAUGGGUCGUCAAUGGCACCGACGUUGAGGGUGCUUUGAGCAAACAUGCCUACACAAUUGUCAGUAACAAUAAGUUGUGUGAGUCUCGUCUCACUCUUGAUCGUAUUGCCAAUCGUGGAGGCGAGUAUACGUGCUGGUUUAGAGACCAGAAAGGUGGGGGUGCGUUGAGCAGCAUGCCUUCACGUCUUUAUCGUUGGGAAAGUAAUUGGUACAAGAAUAAGCAGCAACGUCUCCUAGAACAUUUUGUUGUGAUUGGCUCCGAAUUGACUCUCAUUUGUCCACUAACAUCAAAUAAUGACGUUCGGUCUGACCUUCAGUGGAAGCAUGACCAAGUCCCUAUAAUAACAAACAGUGACAAAGACCGUGUCUUCAAGCAGUCAGAUGGCUCGUUGAGAAUUACAAACGUGACUGAUUCUGAUAUCCAAACGUAUAUACGGUGUUGGUGGGAAGGGAAGAAGAAGGCAACGUUUCGGUUGAGAGUUUUUAAAAGCAAUGCAUCACAGCUUCGCUUUAUCAAGAACAGUGGAUACAACUGGGAGUGGAUGUGGCAGCUGCCACAAAAUAGGGUAAAGCUGUAGAUGUGCCAAAUAUCACCCUUCAAUGACUGUCCUAUUGCUCAUGACGCCACGGAAAUUAGCUGGUGUUAUAUACUUGUCCUGCUGGUGGGAGAUUUAAGUAGCUUAAGACUCUAACGUAGCGGAAUUUGCAGAAAUGUUUGUAUGCAUGAAGGGGGCAGAUACAGUACUGCAUAUAUUUACUACUUACUGUAUAUUAUAGAUGAAAAGAUGUUUGGUAAGUAUGA